UUUUUUUUUGUUGUUGUUGUUGUUGUUUUGAUUUAUAUAGACUAUGCAUUCCUGUAUAGUAAAAAGUAGAUCUAUUGGACAAAGACUACUUGUAUUACAACUACGAUCUAGUUUGACCAAUCGAUUAUUUGGGAUAUCAUGUUCAAGGAUCUGUCACCCACAACAAUACAAAGUACAAAGGUUACAUAUAUCUCAUAAUCCAAUGCCAAAAGAAAAUGUUACCACGACUACUACCACAACAAAUACUGAUCUUCUUCUAAAUUCAAUGGAAGGACAUCGCCCAACCAAGCAAGUCAUCUCUGAGUCAGCCUUUGCAAAACUUGAACAAAUGAUCCAUGUAGCCUACACUGUACCUCAACUCAAACUCUAUCUCAAAUCCAAUGGUGUGACUCCCAGUCAUCGCAAAUCAAACUUGAUCAAACAAAUUAUGGUAGAUUAUUGGAAACUGACUACCCCAGAACGGAAACGAGCCAAGGAACUAUCGCAACGGAAAAACAAUAGUCGAGACCAAUUCCAAUUACAACAGGAUGAAAUGUUCUUUAUUCUUCAAGACAAUGGUAAUAUGAUUCGUGAUAUUGAACAACAAUACAAGGUGCGUGUUAGGAUUGGUGUCACAGAUUUGAUGUGUACACUGGAAGGUCAGAAAUCUCAGUUACCUGCUGCUUUGGUCGCUAUUCGGGAAGCCAUUACUUUGGAAAGACAACGUGUGCGACUUGUUGAUGAUCGAUCUACUGCCAAUUUAACAACUGAUACACUAGCUAUGGUACCUCAGCGAGUACUGGAUGAUUUAUCAAAGACAUCUGGUGCUUAUAUUUCUUUGGACAAUAAUCAGAUCUCUUUAGCUGCACCAACAAAAACAUCUUUGAGCGAUGCGAAACGGAAAUUGGCUGUAUUCUUGACUGAUUUUGGUUUUACGUCGAAACGAUCUCUACAACCAUCUGAUUAUACCGCAAUACAACAUAUUCCAACAUCUUCAACAUCAAAAACAGAUCCAUUGAUCUUUUUGCCUUUGCACGAUACACCUUCAAUGCCAUUGGCCAUGAAAACAAUUGGAUGGAGCCGAGUCUGUCGUACCGGUGAAGAACGAGAUAUCAAGUCAGAUGCUUCUUCUCAUUUUCAUCUAUUAGGUGGUGAUAGAUCAUCGUCAUCAAGUGAACUCUCUCCAUUACAAAUCAAGGACAUGUUACAAGAAACAUUCAAAACCACUGACAAAAAGUUAUCUAUAGAAGCAACAUUUGGCCAACUUCUUUUUCAAAAUCCUACUGUUGUACCUGGACAAACCAAUCUUUUGAUACCAGAAAUACGUGGUUGUUUUAAUUUGAAGGAUUUGGAAAAGUUGUAUCAAUCAUCCACUUGUCAUCGACGUUUUUUCAGUGGAUAUCCUCCAAGCAAUAUUAGACCAUCUUUGCUUCCAUUAACUUCAAAUAAUGAAUUCCAUCAACGUAUUGUUAGAAUAGGAUAUAUCGAUUCUUCUCUUCUUUGUCAAUUAAUGGUGAAUGAUAUUAUUCCGGAAUCACCAUUACUAACAUCUUCAUUACAACGACUACAACUUGAAUUUAUUGAAAAGGAUGAUGGAACAUUGGAAUAUCAACGAACGAUUGCUGAACAUGAACGGAAAUCAAUAGAUCUUCUUGGUGUAUCAGGGAAUGUAGAUGUUCGAUUGACAGCAAAGGAAUAUAGUAUUUAUGAUAACAAAAUGAACGAAAUGAACAAAACAGCAGCUUCAUUAUUGGAUUUGGUGAAUAAUUGUCGAUUAGAUAGUUAUUCCGAAUUAUCAUGCCCCACUGUUUGGAAAUCCGACGAAGGUGAAAUGACGUUAUUGGAUGUAACCUUCAAUAAUGAAUCUAGGUAUCGACUUGAUGACAAUUUGGUGACAUUACGAUAUGUAGAUGAACAACAAAGUCGUACUAGACGUGCAGAAAUGAAGAUGGUACCAUAUCAACAAGAAACUGAGAUAAAGAAUGAAUUUGAUUAUUGGGAUGGAUUUUGGAUCAAAGUGAUAGAUUUGGCACAAAAAUGGAACUAUAGAAGUUAGAUCUUUAUCAAUAAAAAUAUGAUUUUUUUUUUUAGAGUUGAUUAAUAAAGGAAUAAAAAAAAGUGCUUCUUUUCUUUUUA